UGAUAAAUAAACUUCGACUAUAUUUUAAAUGGGGGUCCUCUAAAAGGGUUAUUUGUGCAUUGCCCCCAUUACAGACUAAGCAAUACUUUAUUGGUAGCCAGCCCUGGCUAUAAGAUUUGUGAUUUAAGGGAAAGGUAAAUUCUUGCACUUUGGAUUUUAACACUGCACCUAAUGGACUCAACGAACGAACCUGACCACGACCUUUACACAAUCCCAAGUUACACAAGUUGGUUUUCUUGGCAAAGCAUACACGAAGUAGAGAGGCUAUCACUAAGAGAAUUCUUUGAUGGGAGUUCAAUUACAAGGACACCAAGAAUAUACAAAGAGUACAGGGACUUUAUUAUUACAUCUUACCGUGAGGAUCCGACCCGAAGGUUAUCAUUUACUGAGGUCAGGAAAUCAUUAGUGGGUGAUAUAAGUGUGUUACAUAAGGUGUUUACAUUUUUGGAGAAGUGGGGUUUGAUUAAUUUUGAUCCUAAUAAUGCUGAAUUGCCUGUUGAUGCUGUGGUGGAAGAAGAGGAUGAUAAGGAGGAUGAGAAGUGGAGGAUUAGGGUUGAAGAAGGGGCCCCACAUGGGGUUAGGGUUGUGGCUGCUCCUCAAUCUUUGAAACCCCUCGUGCCCGUGAGGGAACCGGUGAUUAUUGGUGGGAGGGGGAGGGGUGGUGGUGGUGAUGGGGUAGUGAAGGUGUCGCCAAUGGCGUCGUUUUCGGAUGUUUAUGGGGAGUUGGUGGAGGAGGGAAAAAAGGAAAGUGUGGUUUGUGAGAGUUGUAAAGAUCAAUGUGAUUCGGGUCAUUAUGAGUAUAGCAAGGAUGCGAGCAUUAAUUUAUGCGAGAAGUGCUUUAAAAGUGGUAAUUAUGACAAGAACAAAUUGGCAGAUGAGUUCAAGUUAAUAGAUGGUGCGAGCCCCAAAGCUGCCUGGACUGAAGCAGAGACUUUACUUCUAUUAGAAUCUGUACUGAAGCAUGGUGAUGACUGGGAUCUUGUUGCUCAAAAUGUCAAAACAAAGAGUAAACUGGAUUGUAUCUCAAAGCUUAUACAGUUGCCAUUUGGGGAUCUUAUGCUUGGUUCUAUUCAUAGAAAGCUUAAUUUUUUGGACAAAAAUGGUGAGGUAAGUGGCGUGGAUCAAGCUCAACCUGCAAUAAGUGAGUGUGGAGAAGCUCCUGCAAAUCAACCUCACGAGCAGAACCAGGAGCAUCAACAGAAUGGAGAUGCUGAAAGCGAAACCCCUCCUCUCAAGAAAAUACGGAGGGCUCCGGUUUCAGAAGCCAGUAGUUUCCUGAUGAAACAGGUAGCUCGCAUCUCUGGUGCUGUUGGUCCACGUAUCACAGCAUCUGCAGCUGAGGCUGCUGUUACAGCCCUUUGCUAUGAGAAUCAGUGUUCAACGGACAUUUUUGAUGAAGAUGAUGAUGGAUUGGGAUCAAUUGCUGAUAUCAGUGAGACAGAGAGGGCGAGUCAAGUUGAAAGUGCUGAAGGGGAGGAUAAGCCCGCCAGAUCAGAAACAGAAGUAGCAGUCUCUCAGAGAAAUACUAUACCACUAACUUUACGUAUGAGGGCCGCAACUGCAACUGCUGUAGGUGCUGCUGCUGCUCACGCCAAAUUGUUGGCCGAUCAGGAAGAGAGAGAAGUAGAAUAUCUGGUUUCUACUUUGGUUGAAGCACAGGUGAAGAAGUUGCAACGCAAAAUGAAACAUGUUGACGCUCUGAACCUGAUGAUGGAGAAGCGGCAUGGCCAAAUGAAGGAUUUAGAAGAAUCUUUAGUUAUGGAGAGAAUGGACAUCUUGCAGAAGAUAUUUAGUGCCGGGGUAUCUAGAUGGAGGGAUCAUGCUUCAGUCAAAUCUUAAAGUAACAGCAUAUAGCUUGAUGUUUCUUGAUGAAUAUCAUAUACCAUGAUGUUGUAGAGAGAUCAUCAUUAGUUUGCUUCUUCAGAUAUUCUCUCCUGAUGAUGAUAGUCAAUGUGUGCCUGAUUUAUAUUUCAGAUGCCUUUACUGUUCAGUACUUCACUUGAACUGUACUGACCUUCUAAGUUCCAUUGCUACUAUAUCACUUGUUUAAUCA